GGCGAGCGGGCAGCCGUUCGGGCUUGGGGCUGUCGGCCGCGGGGCAGAGGCAGUGGCGCGCGCGCGCGCGGGGGGUAACUCGGGUCUGGGUUCUGGUCCCGCGCAAGCUCUCCCGGGAUUGACUUGGCCUCUGCUUGUUAAGAAAUACAUCUCUUGUUUAACCAAGGUGUGUGUGGUUUCAGCGCAGCAUGGCUGUGGUCAUCCGUUUGCAAGGUCUCCCAAUUGUGGCGGGGACCAUGGACAUUCGCCACUUCUUCUCUGGAUUGACCAUCCCCGAUGGGGGCGUGCAUAUUGUAGGGGGUGAACUGGGUGAGGCUUUCAUCGUUUUUGCCACUGAUGAAGAUGCAAGGCUUGGUAUGAUGCGCACAGGUGGUACAAUUAAAGGGUCAAAAGUAACACUGUUGUUGAGUAGUAAAACGGAAAUGCAGAAUAUGAUCGAACUGAGUCGUAGGCGUUUUGAAACUGCCAACUUAGAUAUCCCGCCAGCGAAUGCUAGUAGAUCAGGACCACCACCUAGCUCAGGAAUGAGCAGCAGGGUAAACUUACCCACAACAGUACCCAACUUUAAUAAUCCUUCGCCAAGUGUAGUUACUGCUACCACUUCUGUUCAUGAGAGCAACAAAAACAUACAGACAUUCUCCACAGCCAGCGGAGGAACUGCUCCUCCAAGUAUGGGGGCUUCUUUUGGAAGUCCAACAUUCAGCUCAACCAUCCCAAGUACAGCUUCUCCAAUGAACACAGUCCCACCACCACCAAUUCCUCCAAUCCCAGCAAUGCCAUCUUUGCCACCGCUACCAUCCAUUCCCCCAAUACCAGUUCCUCCUCCAGUACCUACCUUGCCUCCUGUGCCUCCUGUGCCCCCUAUUCCUCCAGUCCCUUCUGUGCCACCCAUGACCCCAUUGCCACCCAUAUCAGGCAUGCCACCCUUGAAUCCACCACCUGUGGCACCUCUACCUGCUGGAAUGAAUGGCUCUGGAGCACCUUUGAGUCUGAACAAUAACCUGAACCCAAUGUUCCUGGGUCCGCUAAAUCCUGUUAACCCUAUCCAGAUGAACUCUCAAAGUAGUGUGAAGUCACUUCCCAUCAACCCUGAUGAUCUGUAUGUGAGUGUGCAUGGAAUGCCCUUUUCUGCGAUGGAAAAUGAUGUCAGAGAGUUUUUCCAUGGGCUCCGUGUUGAUGCAGUGCAUUUGUUAAAAGAUCAUGUAGGUCGAAAUAACGGGAAUGGAUUGGUUAAGUUUCUCUCCCCUCAAGAUACAUUUGAAGCCUUGAAACGGAACAGAAUGCUGAUGAUUCAACGAUAUGUGGAAGUUAGUCCUGCCACAGAGAGACAAUGGGUAGCCGCUGGAGGUCAUAUCACUUUUAAACAAAGUAUGGGACCUUCUGGACAAGCUCAUCCCCCUCCUCAGACACUUCCAAGGACAAAAUCGCCCAGUGGGCAGAAAAGGUCAAGGUCAAGAUCACCACAUGAGGCUGGUUUUUGUGUUUAUUUGAAAGGGCUACCAUUCGAAGCAGAAAACAAACAUGUCAUUGAUUUUUUUAAGAAGUUGGAUAUUGUAGAAGAUAGUAUUUAUAUAGCUUAUGGACCCAAUGGGAAAGCAACUGGUGAAGGCUUUGUGGAAUUCAGACAUGAGGCUGACUAUAAGGCUGCUUUGUGUCGUCAUAAACAAUACAUGGGCAGUCGUUUUAUUCAAGUUCACCCAAUUACUAAGAAAGGUAUGCUAGAAAAGAUAGAUACAAUUCGAAAAAGACUGCAGAAUUUCAGCUAUGACCAGAGGGAAAUAGUGUUAAAUCCAGAGGGGGAUGCCAACUCUGCCAAAGUCUGUGCCCACAUAACAAAUAUUCCAUUCAGCAUUACCAAGAUGGAUGUUCUUCAGUUCCUAGAAGGCAUCCCAGUGGAUGAAAAUGCUGUACAUGUUCUUGUUGAUAACAAUGGGCAAGGUCUAGGACAGGCAUUGGUUCAGUUUAAAAAUGAAGAUGAUGCACGGAAGUCUGAACACUUACACCGUAAAAAACUGAAUGGGAGAGAAGCUUUUGUUCAUGUAGUUACCUUAGAAGAUAUGAGAGAAAUUGAGAAAAAUCCCCCAGCCCAAGGAAAAAAGGGAUUAAAGAUGCCUGUGCCAGGUAAUCCUGCAGUGCCAGGAAUGCCUAGUGUGGGUUUGCCCGCUGCCGGAAUGCCUGCUGCUGGAUUGCCAGGUGCCGGAUUGCCAGGUGCUGGAUUGCCAGGUGCCGGGUUGCCAGGUGCAGGAUUGCCUGGUGCUGGAAUUCCCAGUGCUGGAAUUCCUGGCCCUGGAAUGCCCGGCCCUGGAAUGCCCGGCCCUGGAAUACCCGGUCCUGGAAUACCUGGUCCCGGAAUACCUGGUCCUGGAAUACCCGGUCCUGGAAUACCUGGUCCCGGAAUACCUGGUCCCGGAAUGCCCGGUCCCGGAAUACCUGGUGCAGGACUUCCUAGUGCAGGAGGUGAAGAGCAUGCCUUCCUGACUGUAGGAUCAAAGGAAGCCAACAAUGGUCCUCCAUUUAACUUCCCUGGUAAUUUUGGUGGGUCAAAUGCCUUUGGGCCACCCCUUCCUCCUCCAGGGCUAGGAGGGGCCUUUGGUGAUGCUAGGCCUGGUAUGCCUUCAGUUGGAAACAGUGGUUUGCCUGGUUUAGGACUUGAAGUUCCAGGUUUUGGAGGUGGACCAAAUAAUUUAAGUGGGCCAGCAGGAUUUGGAGGGGGUCCUCAGAAUUUUGGAAAUGGUCCUGGUAGUUUAGGUGGCCCCCCUGGUUUUGGAAAUGGCCCUCCUGGUCUUGGAAGUGCCCCUGGGCAUUUGAGUGGGCCUCCAGCCUUUGGACCUGGCCCUGGUCCUGGCCCAAUCCAUAUUGGUGGUCCCCCUGGCUUUGGGGCUAGUUCUGGAAAGCCAGGGCCUACAAUAAUUAAGGUGCAGAACAUGCCCUUCACUGUGUCUAUUGAUGAAAUCUUAGAUUUCUUUUAUGGCUAUCAAGUAAUACCAGGCUCGGUGUGUUUAAAAUACAAUGAAAAAGGGAUGCCUACUGGUGAAGCCAUGGUGGCGUUUGAAUCUCGGGAUGAAGCCACUGCUGCUGUCAUUGACUUAAAUGAUAGGCCUAUAGGUUCCAGAAAAGUAAAACUGGUGUUAGGGUAGCCAUUCGCAUUAAUUUUUUAGAGGGUUUAUCUUCAUUAGGCUGUGACUAAUGCAUCUAGAUUGUUUUCGUAGGAUUUCCAGAUUAGAACCUGUGGAGUUUUUCAAUUGCAUAUAGAUUGGUUUCUAUUACACAGAGCAUUGGUUGACUGUUUACAACUCACUAACAGUAUAAACAUUGCUUUAUGUUACAGUAAGGCUGUCUGAAUAGAACACAAAAAUAAUUUUGGCAUAUCAUUAGAAACCAUUUGUAACAGUCAAUCAUAAAGCUUAUCAAGGAGUCUUAGACUGGUUUGUUUUGUACCAUGUGGGGCGAAGAAAAUAGAAAUGUCAGCAGAGCUUAUGGAGGGUGCUCUUACCAGCUGCUGAAAAAUAGAAGUUGGCUACUUUUGCAAUUUGAUUUAAGAUGAGCAGAUUUGCUUUGUUAUAGGGUCAAAGCUUUGUCUCCGUUUUCUUUUAAACAAUAAAAUCUCUCUAUACAGAUUCAUUGUAUGUACCUUUUAUUUAAAGCUUCUUAAGGGUUCUUGCUGUAUAGACAGUCCUGCUUUGGAUGUGGCUGCUUUGUUUGCCUAAUUGACUGCUUUGUAAAUGAGUAGAACUAUUUUGUUGGCUUUUAAUCACGAAAUAUAAAGCUCCUCACUUGGUUUGUGCUAUAACCCUGGACUUGGAUUUCUAAUGUCACACUUAAACUUGUGUGGAAUGGCUUUUAGCAUAAAAAUAAACUAUGGAGUCCUCUAUUGACCAGACCCUUUUUGGUUUGACUGACAAGUUUUAGUUUAGUAAGUUAAAAAUUGUUCAUGUUGUCUGGAUGGCGUUGAAAACCAAAAACCAUUUUUAGUAAUCAGUGUUAGGUGCUCGAUUUGAAGUCCUGUCUGUGAUGGACUAAUGGUUCUAGCAACUUCCUUUUGUCCCAACUGACGUGAAAUUUUGGAUGUAACUAAACAAAGAAGGGUCCAUCUGUAAGAAGAGUAUUAUCUUGGCUUGUAAAAUUGAAAUUGAAAUUGUUAAGUUUUGUUAGUAAUGUAGAAUGAAAGGUCCAUAUGCUGGACCAUAGGUUGAUGAUAGGUGUUUAAUCCUGUUACCUGGGAGGCUUUUUGAUGUAGUUGUUAGAUUAUGAGCCUGUUCACAAAAAUUCUUUAUGCAGAGUACCAAUACAGUUGUCAGAGGAGAGAAAUGAGAUUCCUUGCCUUUACAUAUUCUUUCCUUUGGUGACAUUCAGGACACUAGGUAGGAAGGACCGUAUAAGAUUCUGCUUAAGUGUCCUUGUCAUAAAAGUGUUUGCCUUAUCACGUCUUGUUCACUGACACUUAGGACUCUGGUUAGGGUUUCUUUCAUUAGUUAAAAUAACUUAAAGAUGCGCAUCAUAUAAAUAUGCAGAAUGGGAGAUAAGUGAAUUGUCAUUGAAAAUUAAUUUUAUCUUUUACAUGGUCCUCUUGCUUUGUUUUGAAACAUCCCAAGUAUUUUCUACAAAUGAAAGCAUUUUGCAUUUCCCGCCAAAAAAAAACCCACCCCACACACAUAUAUAUAGUGCCUUUUUGGUGUUGCAGGUCAGUGGACACUGAAAUCCAGUGUUGUGUAAUUUAGAGUUGAGAGCGGCAGCAGUCUCAUUUGCGUGGUAAGAUUUGGAAAGCCUAUUGGUAACUACAGUCUUAGAGGGUUGACAAUGGGGGAUUUUUAUUUAGGGAAAGUAUGGUGCAGACUUUGAAAAGAAGAGAGGUGGCUGCAUUGUGAAUCUUUUGAUAAUUCAUAAAUGCAAAUUUGCUUGACAGAUACUGCCUCAAAAAGCAAUAUGUUUAUAUGUGGUUUUUUAAUUGAGUUUUUUGUUUAAGUAAUCACUUCUCGUUCCAAAGACAGAAUGCAAACACUUCAGCGCUGCUUGAGCAUCUUAUUUCAACUGCAGAUUACUUUCCCCAUUGGAAUGCUAUUUUCAUUUUUGAAAACUGAGUUGUUUGAAGAUGAAAGUUUUAUCCUUUUUCACAAUUUAUUUUGGUUGUAUAUUCAUAUAGUCUUAUUAAAUAUUUCCAUACACUUUAUUGCAACUACUUUGUUAUUUCUACAUCUUAGGAAAAUGCUGAAAAGGAUAAACUUGAUCACAUUGUUCAUCAAAUUCAAUAAAUUAAGAAAAUAGUAGUUUGUGUAGAAAUCGGAGAGAAUUGUGUUUCAUUGAACCACAACAGUGCAUGUUGUGAAAUGUAAUUAAAUGCUCUGGAACUUGAUUUUUGUGUAUUCAAGACUAUUAACUUAGUGCUAACUGCUACUCUGUUUAUCUUGUUCUGGGCAUUGGAGUUUCAGUUUAAAAAAAGAACUUUGAAAAUGUGUUCUGUAAAACUAUCUUUCAGACAAAUUUUCUCCAGAACUAGGUUUGGUAUAGGUUUGAAUUUGCAUAAAUCUCUCAUUUCUAUGGUAUGAAGGAUUUGUAAAGCUUUGCUCAUAGUGAAUUUGUAAACACUAUCAUGGUAUUCUCUAUUUUAUGUGUGAAUUUUAUUGUCUGUUUUUGGUGACUUUGACAUUAAUGGAAGAGAAUAUUUUCCAUUAGGUUCAAUUUUUUUUCUUAGUUUUUAUUGGUGUUUAUUUUUCUUUUUAGUUCAAAGGGUUAGAGAAAUCUACAAAUGUAUUUUAUAAAUAAGAAAUUUGUAAUAUUUCUGAACUUGAGUAACAGAUUUAGUUCACAAGCCUAGUUUUGAGGUACUUUCUGUGUUACUAUUAGUUUGGAUGUAUAAUUAUUGGUGGUGGUUUUGGGUUUUUGUUUUAAUGAAACAGUGUUAAGUAAAAUGUAGUUCUAACUUUGUAUUUCAAGUUGUCCAAGUAUUGAUGAUUAAAAUUCCAUUAGGGAACUUCACAAUUUCAGAUAGUAAUAUUCAACAUAGUUAAGGUCAGACUUAACCCACUCGAUGAAAAUUUAGGACUAUAUAUGUAUGGAAGUAAGCAAACCUGUAUGUUUUUAGGUGGAAAUAGUCGCCUUGCAUAAAAAUAAGGAAGCAUGAAAGCUUUUCUCAAACUCCAUUUUACUGGAUUCUGUGAUUGUACAGAUGUGGGUCAAGUGUGUACAAAUACAGUAUACUCAGUUCAAACAGCACUCGAAGAAUGAGUGAACAGCAUGUACAAUGACUGCUAGUCAAAUUUUUUUUGGAAAGCAUUUCUGGCAUUGAUCACUUUAAGUACUUCCCAUGCUCACAAAAUUGCCACAUCUAAAUUAUUUUACUUUGUUUCAUUUGGCAGUUCUGUGGUAGUCCAAUCUUGAGAAACCAAACACAGUAAAAUGGCUGUUGACAAUGUGACCACAGCAUUGCCAGCAAGUACUACCUUGGCAUCAUUCAGCAGUUUUUUUUGUCUAUAAAGAUGAAGUAUUGAAUAUUGUUCAAUAAACGUGUCACAAAAUAAAGGCUGAUGCUUUUAAUGCUUUAACUGCACAAGUAC